CACCGCUGCAUCGCCCGCCACCAUCGCGACCUCUCACCUCCCGCUAUCAACGGCUUAGUCUUGUUCGCGGUCCCGGCCUCUUCCGCUGGGCUGUCGCCAGCACGUGAGCAGAGGUACGGACUGACAGUGGGCAGCGUGACAUCAUGGAGAGAGGCCACUUGGGGGCUGCGCGCUGUGACGUCGUACGUAUCGUCACUCGGAGGCCGGUGGUUCGCGCCAUAUAAGCCCCAAGCUGUCAGGUUCGUGUUCGUUUCGACUGGUGUCUUCUUGUCCUAUAACCCUCACGACCUCCCUUCUCUUCCUGUCCACGACCCGCUAUGUCUCUCCCACAAGCUCCCAAAGACAUUUCUGACCACCCGCUCGCCGGCUCCGUGGUGCAACCGCACGACAAGGCGCAACAGGCUGCCGAUGUCGACCGCAAGCUCCACUUGUACGGCGUCAUCGAGGCCUUCCGCCAGGGUCGCAUGCCCUCCAAUGCCCAGAUCGACUCUGCCCUCACCUACGCAAUCAGAAAUUCUCCUGUCGAUCUCAGCCAGCUCUCCCGAGAUGGGCAGCGUCUCAUUCAGGACUCGCGCGAUAUCAUCGAGACCGCCCGCCUCAUGGUCAAGAAUAAGAACGAGGACGAGCUCUUCCAGAACUUUAUCUGGCACACUCGCGACGUGAACACUGAUGCCGCUAAGAAGGAUCCUAACGAGAUUGUUCCCAUAGGCCAGGAGAAGGCAAAGGCCGACGGCGUGCAGGCCGUCCAGCAUCUACGCACCCUUCUUUCCCUCAUUCUCACCAACGCGGAAGUCCGCAAGCUCCUCGCUGACUUCUCCGUCAUCGGACGUGACCUCCUCGCUCGCGGUGCAGGCAAGGUCGCAGAGGCUGCGCGCCCGGACCCUGAGCGUCUUUCUCGCGUCGACGACUCUGCUCCCCGAGAUCAGUUUAUCACCGACGGCGGCCGAGUGGCUGGCCUAGACGAGACUCCGGUUCUCGAAGCUCGCAUCCCGGGCACCGAGACACGCGUAUCUCAACACCCAAAGGAUGAUCUGGGCCAAGGUGCGACCGUGAAGCAAGGGAACGGCGAGAUCAAGAGUGGUGCGCAGGCGAUUGAUGAAGUGAACGCUCGCAAGGACGAGUUCGUUGACCACGGGACGGAGGAAGCGAACCGCCAAACGGACGAAACACUCGAUGCUGUCGGUGGUGACCCCGUUCCCGAUAACGAACAAGACGCGCAAGCGAAGAAAAAUGGUCUCAUGGGCAAGGUCCGCGGCAUCAGAGACAACCUCGUCGACCGUGUCCCACAAGGGCAUAAGGACAAGGCGAACGAACACUACGACCGCGCAAAGCGCUUCCUCAGCGAGGAAUACUUUCCGCCAGAGCGUCGUGAUCAGUUCAUCUAUCGCGGCAAGAAGGUCAUUAUUGAGUGCCAGAACCACAAAGACUACCAGGAGAGCAUCACCUGGCUUCUUGGGUUCUUAGAGGAGUACGCGAGCCACGGCAAGACUGCUGCGAGUCAAGCGAAGGACUCGCAUAACCAGAUGACGAGUGACAACUCCAUGCAGCAGGCCACGGGGGAGCUCCGCACCCUACUCGAGCGCUUUGCAAACGGCAUGAGUCUCGCGGUCAUUGGCGACGCCAUGCAGACUCUCUACCAAGACGCGCAGAACGAUCAGGAGCUGAAGAAUUGGUUCCGCACAUGCGAUGUAUAUGCUCAUAAGGUACUGCUUGAGCCGGGCUUUGUGCUUGAGCCUCAAUGCAAUGACGAGGCGAACCAGUUGAUGGAUACUGGCCGUCAAUUCUACGACGGCAAGUAUCAAGGUCACUUCAACAACCUGUUCUCUAGCCUCACGGAUUGGUUCACGGCAUUCGGCGAGGAUCCGCUCAAUCAGAGGUUUGGCAAUGACUGGGCGCGCCUCACGAAGGACCUCUUGUUCGACAGCGAAGGUAGCCUGAAGUUCAAGCCUGAGCUCUGGAUGGACGUUCGGAAGGUCAUCCUGCCGACUGUCGUUGAUGAGGUAGGCUACGUCCCGAUCCCGCGCAUCGAGUACACCGACGAUGCAAUCGACCUCGUGAUUGAGAACCUCGCGUUGUCGGGCCGCAACCUGCUCCCGAACCUCAUUUCAUUCGAGGCUCACAACUUCGUGAAGUUCAGCAUGUAUGACGCCAUUCAAGAUGAGGGUCGUCACGAGUUUACGCUCACCUUCUCGCAGAUCCAGGCGGACAUGCGAGAUGUCGCCUUCUACUUCCGCAAGAAGUCUGGCUUCCCGAAGCUCUCUGACUCCGGCAUCGCAGAUGUACUGCUCGGCGGGCAGGGUCUCACUGUCACGGCACAUAUUGCGAGCGCGGGAAAGGACCAGCGCUCGGUGUUUCAUGUCAAGAACGUGCAUGUGAAGGUGGCGACACUCAAGUUCUCCAUCCGCGAUUCAAAGCAUGAUCUGCUUUACAAGACAUUGCGUCCGCUCGCAACGGGUCUCGUGAAGAAGCAGCUGCAGAAGGUGGUCGCGGACGCAGUGCGGACCGGGCUUGAAUAUGUCGAUGGACAGCUAGUCGGAGUGCGGGACCGGAUGAACGAGGCGAAGACGAGCGAGGACACAAGCCGGACGCAGGUGCUGCAGGAGCUAUUCCACCGAAAGAAGGAGGAGGCGUCGAACACAAAGAGCCGCGCGGAUGAGAAGACGGGACAGUUCAAGGUCGUAGGCAAACGCGAAUCGGCGAUACUGCAGAAUGUGGGCCGCCCCGAAGGCUGGGCGAACCGGACGCAGGAGCGUGCGGAAACGGCGGCGCAGGGCGAGGGAUGGCACAGCGAAGCGUUUACCGUCGUCUGAAUUUCAUUUGCGACUUUGACGACUUUGGCUUCAUAUCUCUGUAUCGUCUACUUUGUCUUCCUUCUCGGCUUGAUUCCUCUGAGGCGUUGUAUUCGCCGUAUACCCUGCCUCGAUUGUCACUAUUACCCUCAGGUCUUCCUUACUGUUCAUGCAUCAUAACGUUUGCACGGUUGUAUACUUUAGUAUAGCCCAUGUUCAGUCUAGUCGUCAUUGAUUCUAAUAAUACACGGAAUGUAUCACUCCAACCGGAG